CCCACACAAUCACCAUCACAAACACACACACAGCUGUAGCGAUGGUUGCGGCCUUAGGUCUUGGCAAGUUCUACGGCGGCAGCCUCCCACGGCCGCGGUUUUACUCCGACGGGGAGAGAAUCGAUCCGCCGCUCCCGGUGAUGGAUCCCCUGAUUGCUUGGGCCGAAGAGGCCCACUGGUCCAUGGGCGGUGUUAGCACCACGCGUCGCCGCUUCCAAGGCCGAAUCGAGGGCAACGUGGGCAAGCUCCGCGUGCAGCGCGACGAUGCGCUCUUUAAGAAAUCGGGGUAUAAGCAUAAAUCCCUCUCUUCCCCAGCCCCCGCGGUGAUCAAACGGCGUCGUCUGGCUGUAUUGGUGGAUGACGAGGAAGAAGACAAGCAGAGUGUGGUGGAGAAAUUGGGCGGAAAAAAUGAGAGAUCGGCGAAAAACAAUGGCGGUGGUAAAGUUGGUAGAGUCGUGGCGACGGGAAAGAGGAUUAAGGCGAAGGCGAAGGAGUCGGAUCUGCCUGCGGUACAAAGUUCAGUGGUGGCGGCGGUGGCCAGUGACGCCGGAAUUAGAAGUUCGCCACGGUCGGCGAAGAUCGAGCGGUCGAGAUGAUGAAAUUCAGUUUGGGAAAAUGAAAUUGUAGAUUUGAAGAAUAUUUUAAAUUGCCCUAAUUUUAUCUGUGUCAAAUUCAAUUUUUGGGAUUGCUCUACACAAAUUGUAACCCAAAACUUUAAACUUGGGUUCAAUCUGAAACCUUUCUAUAAUUCUUACUCCAUGAUUAUUGUUUUUCCAUCAUAUAAUAAGGAAA